GAUACACCCAAUUUCGAUGUGAGCAAAGGGAAUCAUUUCCUCGCGGUCGACCCUAUCUUACGUGCUAAAUAAGUGGGGCUACUUCUAACCAAACCGAAGGUUGUUGAAUUUUGUAGAAACUGGUAAUGACAGAUAGGGCAUACACAAUGAGGUUGGAAGCAGAAAUGGCUGCUCCUUUGCAUUUGCAAAGAUUGGAGCGUAGCCUCAAUGUACAACCCUUCUUGCGGCAAAUCAAUGAGUUAUUCCAAGAUCCAGCUAGUGAGGAUGACAAAUCUAUAUCAUCGGAAUCAUCUGAAGGGUCGGACACUUAUCUUGAUAGUGUACUGAUUCGAAAAGAAGAGGAGAGAAUUAAUAAAUUGAGGCUCUAUAAUAUGUCGAGUGUGGGAGAGGAACGGAGAUGGUUGCAGGACAUUCUUUUAAGUGAUUCAUCAGAUAGCUCAGCAUCAGGAUCUGAUACAGAUAGUCCUGUUACAGAAGAAGAUUUUCAGGACAUGUUAAAGUUUCACAUACUCAGAAAAAAAUACCAGGGUCGUUUCUAUCAGAAACCAGAGAAUAUACAGUACCAGUACUACAGUGCUGGCUUGUUGUCAAACUAUGACAGAUUUUUAGAACAUCAAAAGUUAAUAGUUGGGAAUAAAAAGAAAAAAGAAAAGAAACCUGAGAAAAAAGUCAUAAAGAUCAAAAAGGAAAAAAUUCCUCGUCAUAGACAAGCUGAUGAUUACCCUGAAGGGGAAUAUCCGGACGAAGAAUGGGAUCGUACAAUGCCUAGGGAAGAAGAAUUAGAUGAAGCUGAAUUGGAAGCAAUAAUGCGUCACCAACCGCGGCAACGUGGGAGAAAGAAGCAUAAUAAUAAAAGUCCAGAAGUAAUGGCGAUGAGGAGGAGAAAGAUCUGGGUGAUGAUGUCUAAGAAAGAACUGGGAAAAGUACAAAGAGCGAAAACCAAUAAUCAUAAGGAAAUGUUAAUUAGUUGUAAGAAAGUAGCACAGCAUUGCAUGAAAUAUUGGAGGCAAAAGGCUAUGCAAUCACAAAAGAAUAUGAAGGAAACCAUAUGGAGAGCAAAACGUCUUACAAGGGAAAUGCAAUCGUACUGGAAACGUUAUGAUCGCGUCGAACGUGAAACGAGAAGAAGAUUAGAAAAAGAGGCUGAAGAACAAAGAAAAAUGGAUGUAGAGCUCAUCGAGGCAAAGCGACAGCAAAGAAAACUGAAUUUCCUUAUAACGCAAACCGAAUUGUAUGCCCACUUUAUGUCCCGAAAAUUGGGGAAAGCUUCUCCCGAAGAACAGUUGAGAAUUUUAAAUCAAUUAGACGAAGAGAAAAAUCCAAGACUUGUCGGAAUUGAUGAUUAUGAUAGCGAAACUAUGAAGCAGAGAGCGAAACGGAAUGCUACUGAAGCGUUUGAUAAUGAGAAAGCUAGAGCAAAGCAAUUUGAUACCGCAGCUGCGUCUCAAGAAUUACGACUUAGUGAUACUCCCGAAAAUUUGGAACACCCACAGCCUGCGAUUUUCAAAGGAAACCUGAAAGGUUACCAAUUGAAAGGAAUGAAUUGGCUAGCUAAUUUAUAUGAUCAGGGAAUCAGUGGAAUUUUGGCGGAUGAAAUGGGUUUGGGAAAAACUGUGCAGUCUAUAGCGUUUUUAUGCCAUGUCGCUGAAACAUACUCUGUAUGGGGACCAUUUUUAAUUAUAUCGCCAGCUUCAACGUUACACAAUUGGCAGCAGGAAAUGGCACGAUUCGUGCCAAUGUUUAAAGUGGUACCAUAUUGGGGUAAUCCCCAGGAACGCAAGAUAUUGAGACGAUUUUGGGACACUAAAGACUUGCACACGAAAGAGGCUUCGUUUCACGUUGUGAUUACUAGUUAUCAAUUAGUUAUUACUGAUUAUAAAUACUUUAACAGGAUAAAAUGGCAGUAUAUGAUCUUAGACGAAGCACAGGCUAUAAAAAGUACCAGCAGUAUGAGGUGGAAAUUGUUGCUUGGGUUUAGUUGUCGUAAUAGAUUGUUACUCAGUGGUACACCAAUUCAAAACAGCAUGGCAGAAUUAUGGGCGCUGUUGCAUUUCAUAAUGCCCACUUUGUUCGACUCCCAUGAUGAAUUCAAUGAAUGGUUUUCCAAAGAUAUUGAAAGCCAUGCUGAAAAUAAAACGGGGAUUGACGAGAAACAUUUAUCAAGAUUGCACAUGAUUCUGAAACCUUUCAUGUUGCGAAGAAUAAAGAAGGAUGUAGAGAAUGAAUUGUCAGAUAAAAUAGAAGUGAUGGUUUAUUGCCCUCUGACUACAAGACAGAAGUUACUUUAUUCAGCAUUAAAGAAGAAGAUUAGAAUAGAAGAUUUAUUACAUUAUACGGUGGGUGGCGGUGAUACUGCGACCAACGAUAAAAAUUUCACGUCAAAUCUUAUGAAUCUAGUCAUGCAAUUCCGGAAGGUUUGCAAUCAUCCAGAACUUUUUGAGCGCAGAGACGCUAGAUCUCCGUUCUUUAUGCACACAGAAUUUUAUGAAAUGCCAGCGUUAUUGUAUACGGCGGGACUGCUGCAUCUUUCGUUGCCAUCUAAAGAUCAUAUGCUUUACAAUAAGCUGUUUAUAUUUGCUACCGAAUAUAUACAUCGAAUUCUUCACGAAGACAACGGAAGUUCCACCCAGAAUCCGUUUUCAUUUAGUAGAUUUAUAAACUUGUCCCCAAUGGAAAUGAAUAAAGUGUUUGUCAUUGGUAUUUUAUUUAGAUUAUGUCUUGCAACUUUAAUGGAGAGAAGAACAAAAAUGGCGCGUCACUGGGAAGAUUGGAAUGUUGACGAGAAGACGGAAAUUCCUAGGAACCAAAUGUUUCUAUUCUCCAGGAAAAUCGACUCUUCCUCGCAGACAUUCCAGGAUUUGAUUUUCACAAGGAAGAUUAUGAAGGGAGAGCCUGUAUAUACGCAUACGACACACGCUAUUCAUUCAAUGCCUGAAACUGUUGCUCAUCGAAUUCUACGUAGCAGUAAGAAGACUGCUAAUCCAUCGUUGAAGAGAAUAAUUCCAUCUAUCAAAGCAGAGCAAGAAGACUCGAAGCUGACCUUGCUUCCAGAGCAUCCACACCUACCAAGACCACCGAUAAUGAGACUUUGUCAACAGACUACCAUUCCAUCCUUUAUUUGCGAUAGUUAUCCUAAGGUUCAAGCUAGUCCUCGAAAAUUGUAUGUUAGUAAUAGUGCCGCAGCAUGCGCAUGGAAGAGACACGAGGAAUGCGGUGGGAAAUUCGGUCAACGGCUUUUGUGGCUCGGUUGCGAGCGAGCCCUUUCUAUUCCAUCAUCACAAGAGACCUCCAGUUUUCGUAUAACGCAGACAACGUCAACGUUCUCUGUUGAAUCACAAGGUGGAAUAUCUGCGUGUACACCUAUUAAUGGAUGGUCGAAUAUUAUAGUACCAGAUAAACAAACGUUGGUGACAGAUGCCGGUAAACUUUCAGUAUUGGACAGUCUUCUGCGACGUCUCAAAGAACAGGGUCAUCGUGUGCUCAUUUAUUCUCAGAUGACCAAAAUGAUAGAUUUGUUAGAGGAAUACAUGUAUCACAGAAAACAUACUUUUAUGAGAUUAGACGGUUCUUCGAAGAUCUCUGAUCGGCGAGACAUGGUCGCAGACUUUCAGAAAAGGGCAGACAUAUUCGUCUUUCUGCUGAGCACCCGAGCCGGGGGCCUGGGAAUAAACCUCACUGCCGCAGACACGGUGAUCUUUUAUGAUAGCGAUUGGAAUCCUACGGUGGAUCAACAGGCCAUGGAUCGAGCCCAUAGGCUUGGACAAACGAAACAGGUUACCGUAUAUCGAUUAAUUUGCAAGGGGACCAUCGAGGAAAGAAUACUGCAACGUGCCCGAGAAAAGAGCGAGAUACAACGUAUGGUAAUAAGCGGUGGCAACUUUAAACCAGAUACUUUGAAGCCCAAGGAGGUGGUCUCACUUUUGUUGGACGACGAAGAAAUCGAAGCUAAAUACAGCCAACGAAGCGAGGAGAGAAAGCAGCACACGGAGGAUUCUCGGCUCGAGUCGACGCUACAUUACAAGGAGAAGGACCGGAAGAGGAAGUUAACCGCGCUUCCGGUCAAGGGUGACGCCAAGAAGCCUUGUCUCGCGGACGCGAACGGGGAUAAAAUUGGUGAUAUUGUACAGACGAAUUCGAAUGACAGCAACCAGACGAGUACCGCUUCUCAAGCGCAUCUUGUUAAUAACCAUCAACAGAUACUCGACACGUCGGACGAUUACAGUGUGCCCGCUAGCCCCGUCAAGUCCGAGGAUGAGACGAGCAACGAUGGUCUUGUCGUCGACGUGGACGGUCCGGUUGGAGGAACGUCCAGUGACUCACGACAAUUACGUGUCAGCCAGUUCGGCGAACAACCGGCCAAAGUAAAUCGUUUGGAUCACCAUAUCGCAUUCGGCACCGGGACCGGUGGUGUACGAAUCAGGCCGACGAUUCGCGGUACCAGUAAACGGGGCAGACCACGUGGUUCCCGCAGAGGUGGGCCAGUCGGAGGAAAAGGCAGGGGUCUUCUUCUGCUUCAUCCACCGUCAUCGAAGGGGGGCGGAAGCGAUCCUCAAUCGCCGGCGUCCAUGUCGCCUACUAGCAGUGUCACCGGUGAUCAGACACUUCAACACGGAGUUCAAGGGACAUCGUCUGGUCCAGCAGAGGGUGACGGUCCGAGCACAGUGGGUCCACUGGGCCCGGUCGGUACUCUGGGUUCCGUAUCCGGCCGAGGAGGUGUGCCAACUAUACGAAGAGGACCUGGACGACCCCGUCUCAGGCCGACCGGCCCAGGCCAUCAAGGAUACCGCACCGCUGGCCAUCAUCACGGCAGAAAGGUCCAGCGACCUCUUCCAGUGCCACUGAGAUCCCAGCAAACGAUCGCCACCGUGAACCAACAGAAAUCACCUGGUCAACGUCCUAUGGGAUCAUCCGGUCCCUCAGUGUCCACCACAUCUUCCCUGAACACCGCCAGCUCGUCGUUUCCCUCGUCCACAGGCGAGUCCAGACCGUUUGGAUUCUACACGCAGCAGCAACAACAGCAACAACCAAGAGGAUCUUCCUAGCUUUCGGAUGGUGAAUUCCUUCGUGUAAUCCUCGAGGGAGACUCUUGAACCCCUCCCGGGGAUCGUCACGUAUAUUCGAUUAUUGUCCCCGUUGUGUCCUGGAUACUCCCUGACGAUCAACUCACCGAUCAUCUACACAUGCUAGGAGAAACAAUAUCACUCACGAAUCAUCUAGCUAUAUAUAGGCGGAGGAGGACAAUUUUGGCACUGUUUCCCCGGAGGAACAGCUACCACAAAGUUCGAUUGGGUUCUCGAAACGGGGCGGUUAGAACAUUCGAGCAAGCCGGGACAUCCUCGUGGCUGAGUAUCU